AUGCUCGUCCGUCGCUCUGCUGCGAUAGCAUUUUCUCAAGGCCAUUUCAAAUUCAAGUUCUCAAAAGAUCCAAAUUAUCAUGUUUGGCAAGUCUGGAUUGGUGGCCCGGGUAGACCAUCAGUCCUAGACAAUGUGCCAAUGACCACAAGGGGCGCGUUUAAGAACCAUUCAGACUCCGAAAUUCCGUUUCCGGAUAAAUCCUUACUAAAAGCAUUCUCAAGAUUUACGAACGCCAUUCGUUGGUAUCACAUCUCUGUAGAGAUUGCUCUACAACAACAGAAGCCCCCACCAGUCAGCACCGCGCUUACUCCAUCGUUCUGUCAUCGCCUCUCGGAAUACGGCGCCGUGUUGUUUUCUGCGUUCUGUCGUUUGAUGCCGUCCCCACUCAGAGCACAGAUUUACCGUGGGCUGUGGUUUCUUGGGGCACGUCUAUACGGGCCGUCAUGCAGCUUCAAUGUGCAGCGGCUCCCCUUUGGGAUGUAUCUCAAGACGAAACGCCAAGAACAUCAAAGCUUAGCAAGCGAGUACGGUGCCUUGCAGUAUCUGCGGAGACUUACACAUAUACCCGUCCCACGACCAUUGGAUCUCGUUUGCGGUUCAGACAUAUCUUACAUGUUGACAACUCGGCUCCCUGGGCAUCCUGUUGGUCUUUGUCUAGACUCUAUGAGCGACGCUGGGGUAGAUGCGUUUAACAAUGAACUAAAACAAUAUCUGAGCGAGCUUCGAGCACUACCGAAACCAGUUGGUAUAAAGCACGCAAUCUGCAACGCUGUUGGGGGACCUUUGUAUGACUACCGCAUGAUUGCAGGUCAAGAUUAUGACAAAGAUCGAGGAGACCACAUUCAACCAUUCGCGACUGAGGAGGACUUCAACAAUAAGCUCCAGACCCCAGCGCUUCCCGGUGUUUGUCACAAAUCAGGGCACCAGAUUGUCUUGACACAUGCGGAUAUAAACAUGAGAAAUAUCUUGUACCAUAACGGGAGAAUCUCUGGCAUCAUAGACAAGGAAAAUGCUGGCUGGUUCCCUGAUUACUGGGAGUACACAAAGGCUCUCUAUGUCACAAAGGUCAACAGGCGGUGGCUGAGCAUGAUGGAUCGGGUAUUUGCAACCUUUGGGGAUUUUAGGGAGGAUUAUGUUACGGAGCGUAAGCUAUGGGAUUAUUGCUAUAGCGGGAAAUUCUAG